UGUACGUCAGGCUACCAGGGUGUAAGUUUUCGGCAUAUGCUCUGCCGAUAGCAUUCUGAUUCGCCGUCCGAUAUUUCUUAAACGCAAAAGCGUCCACAAAAAGCUUCAGAUCUUUUCCUCUCCACUUCUGCACGGCGGCCGACGGGAGUAGGACUUUGAUUUCCCAGGUGUAUAUGGGGGAAUGAUGGAGGCUUUGCCUCGGCGAGUAGAGACAUGGAUCAAAGACCAGAGUGCCAGGAUCCUGAGCCUCACGCGGCAGCCACUGCAGUGGCGAAUGGUGGUUAAGUGGCCUUGGGGCGACGGCAAGGUACAGAGGAAGCGAAUUCAGGAGGAGUAUGAGCGGAGGAAGAAGCAGCUCAAGGAUCUCUGCUACGCCGUUAAAGCCGAAUCGGUACCCGAUUUGCAGGACAUCCUUUGCUGCAUGGUGCUCUCCGAGUGUGUUUACAAGAAACCUGCUACUGAAGUGAUACGAGCAGUGAACAAGUUUAAGGCUGACUUUGGAGAAAAUGUUAUCUCCAUAGAACGUGUUCAACCCUCUUCAGAUCAUGUUCCACACAGGUAUUUACUAGCUGAAGCGGGUGACACAUUGUUUGCUUCUUUCAUUGGGACAAAACAGUACAAGGAUGUCAUGGCUGAUGUGAAUAUAUUUCAAGGUGCCAUAUUUCAUGAAGAUCCCGCAGAAGACCUUAAUGAGAUUGAAUCCACACAAGUGGACAUUCAGAAGGACAAUGUUGAGAAUUUCUCGAAAACUACGGACUUGAUGCCUAAUCCAACAAAAACAAUGCCAAAACCAGCAGUUCACAGGGGAUUCAUGGCUCGUGCUAAAGGAAUACCUGCAUUGGAGUUGUACAGGCUUGCCCAAAAAAAGAAACGGAAGCUUGUGUUAUGUGGGCAUUCACUUGGUGGAGCAGUUGCAGUCUUAGCAACUCUUGCCAUUUUAAGGGUUGUCGCUGCUUCAUCAAAAGAACAUGAAAAAGUUCAGGUGAAAUGUGUCACAUUCUCCCAGCCACCAGUUGGAAAUGCUGCCUUAAAAGAUUAUGUGAAUAGUAAAGGGUGGCAGAAUUACUUCAAAACCUAUUGUAUUCCAGAAGAUUUGGUGCCUCGUAUAUUGUCUCCUGCAUAUUUUCACCACUAUAAUGCUCAGUCUGUACCUACUCCAGCUGAUGUUGGUGGUUCAGCAUCCUUUUCAAAACCAAGAGGGGUGAAUAAGCAGAAGUCUGAAAAGGGCAAAGAGAAUGAAGGAGAGCAGCUGGUGUUGGGUGUAGGUCCAGUUCAGAACCCAUUUUGGAGACUGUCUAGGCUUGUGCCUUUGGAGGGUGUUAGAAACCGGCUUUAUAGAUAUACAGGAAAGAAAGCUGAACCUAUUGCGUCAUCUGCCAGCAGUGGUUCAUCAUUACUGUCCUCAGUUAAUGAUAUAACUACUGCCCCACAGUCUCUUGAAAUUCAGGAGGGUUCUGAUGGCAUUACUCUUCGACCAUUGCCUCAGACAAAUGAAGAUACUUCUGGUGAACUGAAGAAUGGAAAAUCAUCUGCCAGUAAUGGAGACAAGGGGGCACGCAGAAUGAUUCCUUCAUUACCUUCAUAUGUACCUUUUGGUCAGCUUUUUCUUCUGGGGAAUUCAUCUAUAGAGUUUCUAUCUAGUGCAGAAUAUUCAAAAUUGACAUCGGUCAGAUCUGUGAUUGCUGAAGUAAGGGAACGGUUUCAGUCACAUUCAAUGAGUUCAUACAGGGCACGGUUUCAAAGAAUUUAUGAACUCUGUAUGAGUGAUGACACUUCCACUUUUCUGGGGAUGGAACAAGGGAAGAAACAAUUUCCACAGCUGCAAAAAUGGUUAGGUAUUUCGGUUGUUGGAGGUGCUGUUGAACUUGGACAUAUUGUAGAGUCUCCCAUUAUUCGGGCUGCUACCUCAAUAGUUCCUCUUGGUUGGAGCGGGGUUCCUGGUGAAAAGAACUCAGACUCUUUGAAAGUUGACAUUUCUGGUUUUGGAUUACAUUUGUGUACACUUAUCCAAGCUCGGGUUAAUGGUCGCUGGUGUUCAACAACAGUGGAUUCUUUUCCUUCACAGCCAGUUUACUCUGCAAAUCAUGGAGGAGAGCUUCCAGAAAUACAGCACAUGCAAAUUUCAGUUGGAGCUCCAUUGAGAAGGCCACCAAAGCAUCACAUGGGUGAUGAUGUGUUACUGCCAAUGUACUCUCCUAUUAAUUCUACCCACAUUGAUCUGCAAACAAAGCAGGAUGUAACAUCAUCUAGUGAGGGAAAUUUUUUACGUAAAGAUGGGUUAGAUCUUGCCAUUUUUUGUACGACAGAUUUUACUACUGUCUCAAGAGAGGUUGACAUCAGAACCCGCAGAGUGCGAUUAAUUGGCCUAGAGGGUGCUGGUAAAACUUCUCUACUAAAGGCAAUUUUGGAUCAAGGAAGAAGCACUUUCAGUGACUGUGCUGAGAAGAAUCUGCAUUUGGAUGCUGAUGUUCAAGAAGGUAUUGUUGGUGGCUUGUGCUACACAGAUUCAGCUGGGGUUAAUUUGCAGAAUUUGAAAAUGGAGGCAUCUCAUUUCAGGGAUGAACUGUGGACAGGAAUUCGUGAUCUUAGUAAGAAAACUGAUUUGAUUGUUCUUGUUCAUAACUUGUCUCACCGAAUACCUAGAUACAGUGAAUCAACUGCAACACAGCCGAAACCAGCUCUAUCGCUUCUCUUGGACGAGGCUAAAUCUCUUGGAAUUCCUUGGGUGCUUGCUAUUACAAACAAAUUUUCUGUUAGCGCACAUCAGCAAAAGGCAGCUAUAGAUUCUGUUCUUCAUGCAUAUCAAGCGUCUCCUAGCACAACCGAGGUUAUCAAUUCGUGUCCCUAUGUUCUGCCCAGUGCAUCAGGCGCUCCUCUAUCUUGGAAAACAGAGGGGGUAGGUCCGAAAGAAAUAAUAGGUGCUCAUAAGCUGAUCUUCGCUCCACUUGAACUCGUAACAAGACCUUUUCGUAAGAAAGCUUCUGUUUUCCCAGUAGAGGGUGUAUCUACUCUUCGUGAAGUUAUACACCGUGUGCUCCGUAGCUAUGAGGAAGCCGCCUUGCAGGAGUUUGCGAAAGACAGACUAUUCUUAGAACUGGUAAAGGAGCAUGCAGUCGCUGCAAAUGCAAGUAGAGAGGCAAAGGCCAAGGAAAACGCUCUUUCUUCCGCCACUGUUGGAGCAUCCCUUGGCGCCGGUCUUGGCCUUGUGUUGGCAGUAGUAAUGGGUGCAGGAUCUGCUUGGAGAAAGCCUUGAAAAUUUUGACAUGUUUUUAGGCCCGCAUUGAAAUGGUUAGGUUUUGCAUUCAAAUGUGAAUACACAUGUACAAUAGUGUUCUGAUUAGGCGAGAAAAAUGGUAUAAACUAUUUAUUCUUUUA